AUGGCUCCCAGUGCACUAGACGCAGAGUCGCGGUCUGAUUUGAUCCAGCAACUCAAAACGAAAGCUAAGAACGUCGACAAGAGUAUCUUUCCAGAUGGCUUUAAGACCUCAGGUCAACAUCCUCCCUUGUAUGAUCAGUUAUAUCCCUACAGUGCUUUCCCCAAGCGCAUUGAGGGUCCAACCGUCUGGAAGCCUGAAGACUACUCCAACAACCCCGAGAGAUGGGUGCAUCAAUUUUCGGAGGAGGAAAUCGCUGAGCUGUCCGGCGCAGCGGACAAGUUCAUGGAACUUGGAUUGCCAUUGACAGGCAUCGACAAGGACAAUUUCCCGCUGCCCGGCCUUGCGCCAUCUCUUGCUUCCAUGCGCCGUGAGAUGCUGAAUGGAAAGGGCUUUAUACUAUACAAGGGCUUCCCCGUGGACCAAUGGGGUAACCACAAAUCCGCUGUGGCGUACAUGGGCCUGGGGGCCUACAUUGGUUAUCCCGUCUCUCAGAACGGCAAGGGCCACAUCCUGGGACAUGUCAAGGACCUCGGCGAGGAUAGCACACAGAUCGACAAGGUCCGCAUCUACAGGACCAACGCACGACAAUACUUCCACGCCGAUGACUGUGACGUCGUCGGCCUGCUCUGCAUUGCAAGAGCCGAGUUUGGCGGAGAGUCGGAUGUCUCGUCCAUCCACCAUGUUUGGAACAUCCUGCAAGAGGAGCGUCCUGACAUUGCCGAGUUGCUCACUAAGCCCGUCUGGUACUUUGACAGAAAAGGUGAAGUAUCAGAGGGCGAGGAACCCUAUAUCAGGACUGCGGUCUACUACCUUGAAACACCUGACCCAGCAAACCCCGACGCCGAGCAGAGAGUAUACUGCAAGUGGGACCCGUACUUUGUGCGCAGCUUGAAGCGGUUCUCCGAUGCCGGCAUCAUUCCUCCCUUGUCGCCCGAGCAGGUUGAGGCAACAGAGGUGCUAGAGGCCGUCUGCGACAGAGUGAAACUUCACAUGAUCCUGCAAGUUGGCGACAUUCAGUUCGUUGCGAACACCCACACAUUGCACGCCAGAACGGCAUACAGAGACUUUGGUCCCGACUCUGGGAAGCCCAGGCGGCAUCUGAUGAGGUUAUGGCUGAGCGUGCCCCAGGACGAGGGCGGCUGGAGACUCCCGUUCUGGGACUCUGACGAGAAGAAGAGAGGUGGAAUCCAGGUCGAUGACACGGCCCCGGUAGCCCGACUCGAUGCUGAUUAA